AAGUCAGAGCACUCACCCUCUCUCUCUCUCAGACAGUCGUUCAAACAGGAACACAAGCCAGAGUCAGAGUCCGAUCAGAGCAGACUGCAGAGAACAUGCCGGGGAAAAGAGUUUGUAUCGUUGGAUCUGGGAACUGGGGCUCAGCCAUAGCUAAGAUCAUCGGCCACAAUGUGAAGGCUUCGAACCGCUUCGAGCCGCUGGUGAACAUGUGGGUGUUCGAGGAGACCGUCAACGGGAGGAAGCUGACCGAGAUCAUAAACACCGACCACGAAAAUGUCAAAUAUCUGCCAGGACACAAACUGCCCAAAAAUGUGAUCGCUGUUCCAGAUGUGACGGAGGCUGUAGCUGGAGCAGACAUCCUCGUCUUCGUCAUCCCCCAUCAGUUCAUCGGGAAACUGUGUGACCAGAUGAAGCCUCACGUCAAACCAGGAGCCAUCGGAAUCUCACUCAUUAAGGGAAUAGAUGAGGGUCCUGCAGGUUUGACUCUGAUCUCUGAUAUAAUCAGGACUAAGCUGGGGAUUGAUGUCAGUGUGCUGAUGGGAGCGAAUAUCGCUAACGAGGUGGCAGACGAGAAGUUCUGCGAGACCACCAUAGGGGCCGUUAAUGAACAGAACGGUCACCUCUUUAAGGAGCUGAUGCAGACUCCAAACUUCCGCAUCACUGUGGUUUCCGAGAGCGACACUGUGGAGCUGUGUGGAGCUUUGAAGAACAUCGUGGCUGUAGGAGCAGGGUUCUGUGACGGUUUGGGUUUCGGUGAUAACACUAAAGCGGCGGUGAUCCGUCUGGGUCUGAUGGAGAUGGUGGCGUUUUCUCGGCUCUUCUGUAAGAACACUGUUAGCUCCGCCACCUUCCUGGAGAGCUGCGGCGUUGCUGACCUCAUCACCACCUGCUAUGGAGGACGCAACCGCCGCGUCGCUGAGGCCUUCGUCACCUCACACAAGUCCAUAGCAGAGCUGGAGGCAGAGCUGCUGAACGGUCAGAAGCUCCAAGGUCCACAAACAUCUGCUGAAGUCUACAAGAUCCUUCAGAAGAGGAGCAUGGUGGAUAAGUUCCCCCUGUUUGUCUCGGUCUAUCAGAUCUGUUUCGAGGGAAAAGAUGUGAAAGAAUUCAUCAAAUGCCUCCAGAACCAUCCACAGCACAUGUGAACACGUGGAACGUUCUGGAGCACCGGAACCUCCUCUACACAUCGCAGGAGGAGCCCAAUCUCUACCAGCCCUGAUUUAGCUGCACUGUAACUCUUACUUACACUAAAGAACCACAGGGGGCGUCAUCCACACUAAUACUGAUACGGUUACGUCGACUUCAGCCUGUUUAAAUCCAUCCUUUUAGCGUUUUACAUUGUUUUAAACAGAAGCUUUCAGUCCACACGAGCGUUUUACAGCAGUUUCCACAUUCGCAUUUUUAUACUGUGCUUAAAAGAUUUGGCCCUAAUUAGUAUUUUUACAGUGUUUUCAGAAGAUUUUCAGUCCUUAUAAGAAAUCCAUUCAUAUUAGCGUUCCAGAAACAACGAGUUCUCAGUUUACAUCAGCAAUUUUACAUUGUUUCAAAUGUUUUUGGUCCAUAUGAACAUUUUUACAGUGUUUUCAGUCUAAUUUAAGCAUUUUUACGCUGUUUAAACAUGGUUUUUGGUCCACAUUAGCAUUUUUACAGUCGUGUUCCACAUUAGCAUUAGCAGUUUUAAAUCAAAAAUUGGUUCCAAUUAGCAUGUUUACACUGUUUUUAAAAAAAAGUAACUAGUCCUUAUUAAAAAUUCAUUCACAUUAGCCCUUUUGCAUUCUGAAAACACCCAAUUUUCAGUCUAUAUUAGCAUUUUUGUAUUGUUUACAGUCUAAUAUUGGCAAUUUCCACAUUGUUUAAAAAUGUUUUUGGACCAUGAUAGCAUUUUAACAGCUGUUUUCAGACUAAUUUUAGCAUUUUUACAUUGUUUAAAAAUUAUUUUGGUCCACAUUAGCAUUUUUACAGCUGUUUUCCACAUUAGCAUUAGCAAUUUUGUGCCAAAAUUGGUUCCAAUUAGCAUUUCUCCAAGGUUUAAAAAAAAGGAACUGGUCCUUGUUAAAAACCCAUUCAUAUUAGCACUUUCACAUUCUGAAAACAGCCAAUAUUCACGCUACAUUAGCAUUUACAUUGUUUUCAGUCUAAUAUUAGCAUUUUUCACAGUGUUUAAAAAUGUUUUUGGUCCACAUUAAAAUUAGCAAUUUUAUACCAAAAAUUGGUUCCAAUUAGCAUUUUUACACUGUUUAAGAAACUAGUCCUUAUUAAAAAUUCAUUUUAAAUUCAGAAAACAAACAAUUUUUAGGCUACAUUACAUUGUUUUCAAUGUAAUAUUAGCAUUUUUUGCAUUGCUUAAAAAUGUUUUGGGCCACAUUUUUUACAGCUGUUUCCCACAUUAGCAUUAGCAAUUUUAUACCAAAAAUUGGUUCCAAUUAGCAUUUUUUUUCACUGUUUUAAAAAAGUAACUAGUCCUCAUUAAAAAUCCACCAAAACCAAUUCUACAUCACUCUACAUUAGCAUUUUACAUCGUCUUCAGUCUAAUAUUGGCAUUUUUUCACAUUGUUUAAAAUGUUUUUUGGACCACUUUAGCAUUUUUACCUUGUUUUAAAUUCCAUCCACACUGAAAUGUGAAGAGCAUGUUAGCUGAGCCAGUUUACACCAUUUUAGUUUCUGUUGUGUGCUGAGCUACAGACGGCUGAGCUAAACCACAGGACCAUGUCGUAAUCAGAAGUGGUGCAUUUGUACUGAACGCUGCUGUGUUCAAUGGUAAAAGAGCGACCAACUGGAAAAAUCAGUCAAGUAUGGAAAUCAUCGCUUUAAUAAACAGAUCUAUGGAUAUUAGUGUGGAUGACACCUGAACCCCAGCGUGAUGUUCCACAGGUGAGGCUUCACGCCUGAAUAUAAACACCUCUCACUGCUGUAGAGCUGCUCCAGACGCACAUCAGAGUCCAGCUGAAGACCAAAGGCAUCAUCUCUGUAGUCUUUAUGCUUCGUAUUAACAGGUUUUAAUGUAUACUGAGGCUGUGCUGCGCUAAAACUCGUCCCAUCUUAAAUUUCUCAGGACAUGAUGAAGUUAAACGCACAAAAGAGCUUCUUACAAUCAUGUUUUAUUACAGUACAGGUUUAAUGAUCCAGUGACAGGUUUCCUAAAUGCAGAAGCUGCUGAUUUUAGCCUCAAAUUCUGUUUUUUUUUUUCCAUUUCUAACGUCUUGAUGAUCUGAAUUAGGAUUAUUAUGGCAGAUAAAGCACUAAAUCCUGCGGUGUUUGGGUUUUAAGGACUCUAUCAGUCUGUAUUUGUGUUAUUAACUGAAUUAUCAUAUCACAUAAGUCAGUAUAACGUCAUUAUCAGUGACGUAUCAAUGACGGAGUCCAUGUCUCUGAUCAAUUUUGCACUGCCUUUGCUAGACAAUUUGCUUUAGCUACUGAAUCAUGCUGCCCUGACGCUGCACAUGGUGAAACCUUCCAAAUGAACAGUUAAAAAACAAAAACAAAUCACAACACAUUCAGUUACUCCACCAGUUAGCCCAGUUAGCACAGUUAGCAUGCGUCAUCGUUCUGGCCAUCUAAAAUAAUCAGUUAGUUAGCCAACAUCGGUACUGAGGAAGUGAUUAGCAACGUAGCUAUUAGGAUCAUGCUAACAGCAGGCUAACAAAGCGCUAGCAGACGUUCAAACAGCUACAUGCUAACGUCAGCUAGCCAGUUAUGCUAACAGUUUGUUUUAUCAUUAAAUCAGUACUUUUAUUACUUUUAUUAUUACAAAAGUCAUUCAGAGCG